AUGCAGUACCUACAAACUAUUCCAUCUUUCUGAUAGCCACGUUAUCGAACCAAAAUCCUCUCCUUACUAUUCUCCAUCACCAUCAACCGCCUGGCCUAAUAAACAAACAAAGAAAAAGUCCCAGACGUGGAUUCAUAAACCACCACCAAGGUUCCAAAAACACAAUCCUCAAAACACCCCAAGAUUCUAGGAAUCCCCAAAACCAAUCCCCCAACUGAACCCUGUUAUUUUUUUUCUAUGGCCACGGUGGCGCGUGCAAUACAUUGUGAGCUACUUUCCAAUAAACCUGGGGCUAAUACUAGGAGAGAAUUGGGUGGUCAGGUUUCGAUUCCGGCUCAGAGAGUGAAAGUGAGUGAACCUGAGAAUGGAAAGAUAGUGUUGCAGCCGAGGUUGUGUACUUUAAGAUCGUAUGGUUCGGAUCGAGGUAGGGUGUUGAAGACAAGAAGGGAAGAGGGUGAUGAAGUUUCCCCGUUUUUCGAGACGUUGUCUGAGUAUAUUGAGAGCUCCAAGAAGAGCCAAGACUUCGAAAUCAUCUCUGGUCGCCUCGCUAUGGUUGUGUUUGCAGCAACAGUAAUAACAGAGUUUGUGACGGGAAACUCCUUAUUUAGGAAGAUGGACUUGCAAGGGAUUGCUGAAGCUGCUGGUGUAUGCUUAGGGGCCAUGACUUGUGCUGCUGCUUUUGCUUGGUUAUCUAGUGCUCGGAACAAAGUUGGUCGAAUCUUCACUGUCAGUUGUAACACAUUUAUUGAUUCAGUGAUCGACCAAAUUGUCGAUGGAUUGUUCUAUGAAUCUGAUCCUAGUGACUGGUCUGAUGAUAUUUGAAAUAAUUCAGGAAUUGUAAUUAUAUUUAAUCAUAAUAUAGAGAAGCAAAGGCAAGGUGUCUCACUGUCUAUAUAGGUGGGAUCUCCCUUUCAGAGAAACAAUAAUAUGUGGAGAUCCUGGAAAAGAAAUUAGAGGUAGAGAUGAGUAAGUAGGAGUUGUUACUGCAAAUCUUAUGCAAUCAGAACUCAGAAGGCAUGUAAAUGAAGGGAGAUGUGAUUGAAGUGCUAGUUUCUAGUGUCAGCCUAUCUCAUGUGAGAUUAUAGCUGUUAAUUCGUAUGGAAUUAUAGUAAUCAACCAGUGGAGUUAUGCUUAAAUUGAGAGUUGAAACCUGUUGCUGUGUCAUUUAUUCUUCUGUUAUAUGUAGUUUAAUGCUUUAAGAUUCUGGUGGAGAAUGCAAUUAGCUGGCACAGUUAUAGCACAGUUAUAUAAAUGGAGUCCUUAGUAUUACUAUUGGAGGAUGGGAGGCAUAACCUGGAGAUGAUUGAUUCCUUAUGUUGAGGCCUGGAAUCUGUAUUUGGUUACAGUUGGCAGCUCUGGAUGGUAACAUGCAAGAGAUUUUCCUUCAUCUCCUGAUUGAA